CUUCGGGGGAGGAAAAUGGCGGUGACUAAUGGAAUAGGGUUACUGCUCUUUUGAAGCGGUUUAAAGCCGUAAAUGUUUUGUUUUAUAGUCUGGAUUAAUGUUUUAGAAAUAGCUGAGGGUGAGUGUCAAACAGAGGGUUUGCUCUCAGACUGAAGACCGCAGGACUUAAGGUUUGUUGCGGAGCUGUUUUACUUGUGUGUCUUUGGCUGACAUACACCACAGGUUCUCCUGGCCCAUGGACUUGACUCCAGGUCCAGUCUUCAAAAGGAGGCCUUCAGCCACCUCCUCCCCUGUUGGAGAUACAACCAGGAGCCCUCCUGUCCACUCGCCCUCCUCAUCUCCCUCGUCUCCCUCCUCUGCUCCGUCCUCACCGCUGUCCACGUCCUCCUCUUUCUGUGCCAACACGUCGGCUCAUCAGAAUCAUGUAAACAGUCAGCGGGAGGCAGCCAGGGUGUCCUCCUCUUCAUCGCUCUUUACCAGACAAACUGCUUUCAACUCCACCAUUGUGGAUUGCUUUCACGUGUCAAUGCAGUCUAGUGUUGAUUGUGAAGAGGAUGACAGAAAAGGGGACAUUUAUGACCCUUUCAGUCCAACUGAUGGAGAUAAAGAGAGAAGGGUGGAGGAAGAGGAAGAGGGGGAGAAAUAUGACCCAUUCGAUCCCACUGGCUCUCCGGCAUCAGAUGUGGAUGAUGAUAUUGGGAAAGAGGGAGAAAUGGACACAAAUGUUGAGGUAGAGGAUGAGGAUAAAGAGGAAGAACCUCCUGAUUCCACAGACACCUUGACAGAUCAAUUGAGCCCCCGUCGGCCCACCCAGCUCCCUCCGAGGAGGAGAAAGGAAAGCAGCGCUCCACAAGCUGAAGGGCAGAAGGAGAGCGGUGACUCUGAUCAUUCUGAGAUAGAAGAGGGGGAGAUAGUCACAGCUGUAGACAAAGAUGGGAAUAUCAAGAGACCUGCUGAAAAAGACCUGUCCCCAAAUUCUCCCCGGGUUUCUUUCUUUGGUUCUAAACCCGAGCGCAUCCUCCGUGUGCUCGAUGGAGAUGGAUUUGUGUCUGUGUGCACUGAGGGAACCUGGGAGGAUGACAGGGAGCUUGAAGAUGAGCCCACAGUUGGAGUGGAGGAUUUGAGAAGAAAGCUGGUCAGUCGAAGGAAGGAGCGAUAUCGCUCCUUUCCUAUCUCUUCCCCUCUUUCUUCUGAGCCACCGCUGCCUCCUUCCACUCCUCAAGCUUCUACAUCCUCCUCCCCUCCCAUCCUUCCUGUGGAGCAAACCGACAAAAACCACAAGUCCUCCAAGAGUUCCACUGACCCCGACCAACAGAAAGGCAAGGACAAAAAGGCUGGAGACAAGGAGAGCAGAAGGAAAAAGAGAAGGAAGGAAAAAGAGAAGGAAGGGGAAAGGGAGAGGAGCAAAGAACAGGAGCAUGGACACAAGGCUGGGAAGGAGGUUAAAACCAGACGGAGCAGAAGCAACAGUCGAAAAAGGAAGAAGAGACGACACAGUAGCCCUGAAGCUUCCCACAACUCUUCUAGGAGAGGUGGUCGUUCCAGACGCUCCUUUUCAAGCCAGUCAGAGGAAAAACAGAAGGAGCGGGAAAGAGAGAAAGACAGAGACAAAAACAGAGACAAAGACAGAGACAGAGAUAGAGACAGAGAAAGAGGCAGAAGUAGAGACCGAGACAAAGACAGACACCAUCAUCGUAGCAGUAGCCAUAGAAAAGAUGAAAGGGUGAGAGAUUCCAGUUCUAGAAAGAGAGAGAGGGAACGAACAGACAGACAUUCAAGAAGCAGAGAGCGAGCACUUUCAAAAAGGUCCAGGAGGAGUCGGGAGCGACGAGAUGGGGAUCGAGAGAGACCACAUGAGAGGGGGCACCGACGGGACGGUCGUCCUGUGGUCCCUCCAUCUAUCCAAGACCUAAAUGGGUCUGACCUUUUUGCCAUCAAGAGAACAAUUACAGUCACAACCACCACCACCACCACUGUACCUGGCUCCCCGAGGCUUUCCAAAGCCUCUCCCUCCCAUCCCACACAGGUUGAUGACUCUCAUAAGAGGAAGAAGAGAAAAUGGCACUCUGGUGAUGCAGAGAACCAGGAAAGUUAUCGCAGUCGAUCGCAGUCGCCGUCUCCAUCCAGGUAUCAUGGUUAUGAGUCGGACCGCUACUCUGACAAAUUAGAGAUCGACAUGCUCUCUUUAGACGGUGAAGCUCUGGACUCGGACUACCCCUCUUUGGAAGACACACCUCCUGCUGCUCUUCCUCCACAACCACCUGUCCCUAGUCCUAAAACUAAAGCUCCACCCAAGACCAGACGGAACCACCCAAAGAAGAAGUCCCACACACUAAAGAAAUCUGAGUCGUCCUCAUCGUCUGACAGAACCACUAAUAAAUGCCUCUCCUCUCUCACCGUCACCUCAGGCUCUACCUCCAUCUCAUCUGGCCUUUCCUCAGCUAAGAGAGGCAGGAAACUAGGAAAGGACAAAGACCGGGACAAAGACAGCAGAAAGGACUUGAGUCGCUCUGGCAAACCUAAGAAAGACAGUGGCAGUGGACGGAAAGGUAAGCUUCAGUCCAAAGUGUCUGUGCUGGUGCGUGAGGGUGUGAGCAGCACCACAGGGUCUUCUGUUGGCUCUGGGAAGUUGAGCAUGGACCUUCUAGGCUCAGGGGGCACAGGAGGGGGAGCUGGGGGAUCAGUGGUGGGUGGCUCGAUAGCAGUAGUCUUCUGCAGGGACAAUGAAAGCAGGUCACCAUUCCUUAAACCUUGUUCAGAGCCACUGUCUUUGGGCGGUCGUAGCAAGGAUCUGAGCAGUCUGGGGAAAAGGAGCAGCCUGGCUGCACCCCCUUCGUCCCUAUCCACUUCUGCAGCUCUGAAAUCCAAGAAAACAAAGACCGGUUCUAUCACCUCCACCUCCUCCUCUACAUCCUCACCCUCCUCGUCUCUAGCAACAAAGCGCCGCCGUCGCCUGGCCAAGAAGACCAGCAAAAAAGGUGGAGGUGCUGGAGACGGCAGCCAAUCAAAACCCUCUUCUGAAGGCUGGGCUGGGGGGUCAUUAGAUGUUCAGUCAGCUGUUGGAGAAGGGAGCAAGUCUCUUAGUCCUAGUACUGUCCAAGCAGGUCCUCCUCCAUGUUCGUCCUCUUCCUCCACAUCCUCCUCCACCAGCGCCCUCCCACCCUCCACCUCUCCUCCACACUCACCUCCACCAUCCACGGCCCCUUUGCGAGACACCAGGGAGUCUUCCCCAGACUCUCAGACCGUGGACAGCAGCUGCAAGACCCCAGACCCGUCUUUCCUAGCUGAAGACUGCCCAACUCAGACCAGCCCCGUUGCCCCAGCCUCCAGCCCGUCCAGCCUGUCCACCCAUCAGGGAGCCGGUCUGAACCUUGCUUUGACACCAACAGCCAAGGCUCCGCCUCCAGAUGAUGCUUCAAAAAGUCUGGCCUCACCUCCGUGUUCGUCCUCAUCAGCAGGCCUCACGUCUUUCUCUCUGCCUCUGUCUUCAUCUGACCUCUCCUCCUCUUCCUCCGUAUCCUCCUCAUCUGCCAGCAAGUUGCCACCACCUCCUCCUCCACCCCCGCCUCCACCAGCCUCCGCCCUGCCUUGGAGUCUGCAGACAGGUGUGGACUGCACAACCGGAGGUGUUCUAGCCCUUACUGCUCUGUUGUUCAAAAUGGAGGAGGCUAAUAUCGCCAGCAGAGCUAAAGCACAGGAGUUCAUUCAAGCAACCAGCCAGAUCCUCUCACAGGCCAAUCAGAGCCAGUCCCAGCAGCACGCUCCUCCUUCCUCUGCCUCCUCAUCCUCACAGAUCCCUCCGCCUCCUGGUCUGAGCCCGGCCCAAUUCAUCCUCCACAGCUCUCUCCCAUUAGUUGGCUGCACCAAAACUCCACCAUCUCACCUGCACUCCUCUAUGGGUGGCGGCUGCGCACAGACUCCGCCCCCCAUCAUGCCUGUGGGGUYGUCAGGGGUGCCGGGCAGCUCCGGCGAAGCCUUGAUGGAUAGCGAGAAGAAAGACCCUGAAAAGUAUUUGAAGAAGCUGCACACUCAGGAGCGCGCAGUAGAGGAGGUGAAGCUCGCCAUCAAACCUUACUAUCAGCGCAAAGACAUCAACAAGGACGAGUACAAAGACAUCCUCAGGAAAGCUGUGCAUAAGAUCUGCCACAGCCGCACUGGAGAAAUCAAUCCAGUUAAAGUCAGUAACCUGGUGAAGCUCUACGUCCAGCGCUACAAAUAUUUCCGGAAACACGGGCGUAAGAUGGACGAAGAGGAGCGUGAAGAGCGGGAGCCGGGAGCCCUGCACAGCUCUGCCUGAGGGGCAGACRUUUUUUUAAGCUGUCCGUUCUUUUAGCAUCACUGUAAAUAUGUCCUGCAUUGAACUCCCAUCACACAGCCAGGCCCGUCAGUCCACUUCACUCKUACCAGGCUGAGGACGGGUUCUGUUUUUAAUCACACACACCAGAAAUGUGUUGGACAAUGUCAAGAGACACUCUCCUGUCCCUACAUGUCCCCGCCCUCUAUCUCUGGACAGACGGUCUGCAGUGACUGGCUCAUCUGACCGAUGGUUCAGAUCCAUUUUAACGGCUGAGUUCUCUUAUCGUGUCUGUGUUGUGUGCAUGUGUCCCACAAAGCUGGGCCAAGUCAUUCAGCUCCUUUAUAACAUGACUGGACCCACAAACAUAAAAAUGUGGCUUGAAAAUCAUUUUGUGGUCAUUUUAUUGAGUUUCAUUCCCCCACAUGUCGAUAACCCCAGGCUAACAAUGUAAAAAUACAGUUCAGUGAAUGUUUAUGCAGCUGUUUUUAUAUACUGUAUGAAUAUACGUAUGUUAUUUCUUCUGAAAUCUUUUUUAAAAGCUGAAAAAUGAGACAAUGACAAUAACAACAUAGAACACUAAAAUAAACAACCGAACUCUGGAUCCAGAUGUACAGGAUGAUGAGAAACAGUCUGUUCAAAAUAAGGUGUUCAUGAGAAAAAGGAAGUAAAUAAAGCAGAGCUGUUGUCUGAGUU